UCGUGUCUGCUUGCGGCCUCUGCUGCGCCGUUUUCGCUUCGCUGUUCCUUGGUUUGCAAUAUUCCGACUUUCAUGCAUGCGCACCGUCACUUUUUCCGACUCUGCCGGAAACCCUGCAUUCCAAGGCCAUUACAACUGUCAUAUUGCCUUGCAUCCAAGAAACUUAUCCCACAAUUUGGACUAACGCAAGCCGAUUAGCAUCGAUGAGGUCUUGACGCCUCGACACUAUCACCAUUACAUCCCCUCCACAAAUAUUUCGCAAUGGAGACCUACCACGGACAUGUCCGCACGCCUAACGAUGCCAUCAUCUUGUUUGAGGCCUGCCGCAUCGGCAUACUACCGCGAGUGCAGCGCCGCCUAUCCGAAAAGGAACGCCAGCAGAUCAAAUCUGGCUCAGUAUUUGUGUGGGACGAGCGCGAGGCUGGCAUGAGGCGGUGGACCGACGGAAAGUCAUGGAGUGCGAGUCGCGUGUCUGGCAGCUUCCUCACAUACCGGGAGAUGGAGGGCAAACGGGGAGGCAGCGCAGUACCCACAGCCCCCGUAGCUAAAAGAGCAAGUGGAAAGUCGCCAGACGGUUCCGGCUCCGGCGACUCAGAGGGCGAGGGACCCGACGGCUACCGGUACAAGCCUGAUGGUCUCAUGAAGCAGUCGUUCAGCAUAACCACCCAGAGCGGACAGCACCUCCACCUCAUCAGCUACUAUUCGCGAUCAAACUCCAACAACCUCCCACAGCCCACCAACGACGCGCAACUGCGACACAUCCGCCCACCAAAGAACAUGUACCCGGAAUCGGCAGUGAAUGAAACCCAGACUGUACCUGCUGUCACUCGUGGUCCCAUGCCUGGCUCACCAUACAGCGCACCUGGACAUAGCAUGGCGCCUUCAUCGCCGUACACUCGCGGUGGUCCUGUCGCACCCAUGUAUGCGGUCCCAGUCUACCCUCCCACGCCGCCAAAUGGCACACCUCCGCUAUACUAUUCCCAGCAUCCUUACUUCUACCCGGGCGUUAUCUACGCGCAGCCCCAAUAUCAUCCGCAACACGUCUUCGAUCGCCCACCCCCACCAAUCGCACACCCUCACGCUCCUCAAGGCCACCAUCCUAUGCUAAUGCAGCACCCCGCCUAUGCCGCGCAUGCCGCGCACGCUGCUCAGCAAUACAUGGCGACACCACCGGUCCGCCAUCCUUCCACAGCUGAGCAGGCUCAACACCCACACCUUCAGCGAUCCAGUGCGCCCGCACCUCCUCCAGCGCCCGCACCAGCGAUUCCUGAGCAAGGCCCCCAGCUUCCUGCCAUUAACGGUGCUGCUGCUGCCGCCGCAGGUGCGAACAAGCCACCGACUCCAGAGCCCUCAGACAAGUCAGAAUCACGAGCACCUGAGUCAAAUAGCGCAGCCCCAGCAGCAUCAAGACCACUUCCUACAUUGGGAUCGCUCCUUAACGGCGAAAAUCAGGAUAAGGACAACCAAAACAACAGCCGUUCAGGCAGUCGCAGCCCUAAUACUGCAACGAGGUUUCCCCGAGACUUGGCGCCGGAACGACUUGCUAAGAACAGCACUGCUGCAGAUAGCAGCGCGCUGAACAAGCUCAACAGCGUGUUCGUGCGAUCAUAGUGAUGCGCUUUGGUCUAUGUCUUACUCUUCAUCUCCUGCUGCGAUGUGGCAUCUUUUCUUUCUUCUUUCUGACACUUCAAUUCUGUACUCUUUAUUCUCUC